UAAUUUACUAUGUACUUCUGACUUCACAUUAUUGAAAGUUACAUAACCAUUUUGCCUAUUUUCAACGCGUAUCAAGUGAUCUUUACAUUUUUCAAUACUUAUUUAAUAAUGUAAAAAAUGUAUCAUCUAAUUUUAUAUACGCAAGACAAAUCGGUGGGUAUAGUUGACGAUAAGAAUUUGAAAAAGAAAAACGGUUCGUAUCAAGCAAAAUGGGGUAAAAGCUGGUACGCUGUUAAAGUUUUGAAAAAACACGAAAGCAAAGAGUUUCUAGACGAGUUAUCUGUGACUACCACUGGCGAGAUAAUUAACGAAGAAAAGAGGUUAUCCUUGUCACCCGAUCUACUGCUACGUAAACGUGAACUACGAAAAGAAGACCGAAAAGAAAAAGAAAGAUUAAAAACCAUAAAUUCUCAAAAGAAUGAAGAACUUUUGAUGGUAAAAUCGGUAUUUGAAUGCGGAGACGCAUCUAACGACAACUUGCAAGAAACAAAUCAUCACUCUGAAAAUGAUCCUAAAAAAGAGACGUCUAAAGAAUGCUUGAAAGUGAUGACUCAACCCGCCAAGAUCUUGUUUCCUCAAAAGAUAAAUAAGCAAAAUGUCGAUAAAAAAGAAAAUAAUUCUGUUGCGCCCGAGAAAACUUGUGUCACCCCCAACCUUUCAGAUUCGGCUACUAAAAAAUCUCGACAGUGCACUGAUGUGUCUUCAAGAAGUGCUAACGAAAAGCCCAAGCAAAGCGGAAAUGCAUUGAAGUCCGAUGUCCAAACUACUUCAUUUUCGAAAAAUGUACAUUCUUCAAAAGGAGGCGUGAGUAGUGAGUUGAACAAAAAGAAAAACGAUGAAAAAGAAAAAUCGUCAGAUUCCGAGGAUAAUGAAUCUUCAUCCGACUCGAAUAGCUCAGACUCUGAAUCGGUAGAAAAAUCGGAUUGUCAAGUUCAAUUAAAAACCCCCGACCUUUCAGACUCUGCGGCGAUAAAAAAUCGAAGAUGCACUAAUGAAAAGCACGAGCUAAGCGAAAUUGCAUCGAAGUCUGAAAUAGCUGAUGGCAAAACUACUUUCUCUCCGAAAGAUGCACGUUCUGGGGGCAAAAGAAACGAUUCGAAAAAAAAGAAAAAUAAGAAAGGGAAAUCGUCAUCAAAAAAAAGAUCAGCUUCCGAAGAUAAUGAAUCUUCAUCCGACUCGAAUAGCUCAGACUCUGAAUCGGUAGAAAAAUCGGAUUGUCAAGUUCAAUUAAAAACCCCCGACCUUUCAGACUCUGCGGCGAUAAAAAAUCGAAGAUGCACUAAUGAAAAGCACGAGCUAAGCGAAAUUGCAUCAAAGUCUGAGCUAGCUGAUGGCAAAACUACUUUCUCUCCGAAAGAUGCACGUUCUGGGGGCAAAAGAAACGAUUCGAAAAAUAAGAAAGGGGAAUCGUCAUCAAAAAAAAGAUCAGCCUCCGAGGAUAAUGAAUCUUCCUCCGACUCGAAUAGCUCAGGCUCUGAAUCGGCAAAAAAAUUGUAUGAUUGUCAUUAUGAAUUUAAAAACCCCGACCUUUCAGACUCUGCGGCGAAAAAAUAUAAAAAAGGCACUACUGAAAAAUGCGAGCUAAGCAAAAAUUCAUCAAAGUCUGAGAUAGCUGAUGGCAAAACUGCUUUCUUUUCGAAAGAUGCACGUUCUGGGCGCAAAAGAAACGAUUCGAAAAAUAAGAAAGGGAAAUCGUCAUCAAAAAAAAGAUCAGCCUCCGAGGAUAAUGAAUCUUCCUCCGACUCGAAUAGCUCAGGCUCUGAACCGGCAAAAAAAUUGUAUGAUUGUCAUUAUGAAUUUAAAAACCCCGACCUUUCAGACUCUGCGGCGAAAAAAUAUAAAAAAGGCACUACUGAAAAAUGCGAGCUAAGCAAAAAUUCAUCAAAGUCUGAGAUAGCUGAUGGCAAAACUGCUUUCUUUUCGAAAGAUGCACGUUCUGGGCGCAAAAGAAACGAUUCGAAAAAUAAGAAAGGGAAAUCGUCUUCAAAAAAAAGAUCAGCUUCCGAGGAUAAUGAAUCUUCCUCCGACUCGAAUAGCUCAGGCUCUGAAUCGGCAAAAAAAGUGUAUAAUUGUCAUGAUGAAUUUAAAAACCCCGACCUUUCAGACUCUGCGGCGAAAAAAUAUAAAAAAGGCACUACUGAAAAAUGCGAGCAAAAUGAAAAUGCAUCGAAGUCUGAGAUAGCCGAUGGAAAAACUCCUAGUAAUGUAAAAAAAAGUUAUAAUGAGAAGAAAAGAAGAGGGUCGACAGGAAACAAUUCAGAUUCUGAACAUGACGAAUUUUCUGACGAUACCAAGUGCUCUGACAUUGAAUCAGAGGAAAAAAUGUUUCAUAGUGGUCGUUCAGAUUGUUCGGAUCAAUCGAGAUCAUUAAAAAGUACUGAUCAAACGACUUCGACUGAAAAUCAACUUCCUGAUUCGCUGAAAGUCUUUUGCUCGACAUUAACGCAAGACUACAUCAAUAAAAAUGCCCCCAGAAAAAGAUUUAAGAUAAGUCAUAAAGAAUAUAAAGAUGUCAUUACAUACUGUUGCGGUAAUGCGAGGUACAAAGAAAAAAAAACUAAAGGAAAUGAUAAAACUAAGAAGCGCAAGGCCAGAAGCAACAGCCAAGAGCGACAAAAAAAAAGAUCUAAAAAGUAG